UUUUAAACAAAUUUUUAAUAAAGUCAAAAUGUAUUAUAAAAUCCAAAGCUAUGGUUGGAAUUGAGAUUUCUCACGGAUAUUUUCCGAUGAUUCGCCGAUACACUAUCAAUAGAUAAGGUUUCCGAUAUCGGAGGGAGCUGAAACACGCACAGUGGCGGCAGACAACAUGUGGAGGACGACUGUUUUUUUCGCUAUCAUUGUUUGCUCUUAUGCGGAGCAAUUAGAGCAAUACAACAUAACAAUACAAAACCCAGUGCCGGCCGCUGCGACCAAUAGGAUCGUAGGUGGGAGCGAGACAACUAUACAGCAGUACCCUUUUGCGAUACAGCUGUUAGUGAACUCGCAGCUGCAAUGCGGAGGCUCGCUGCUGACUCUGAGACACGUGCUGACCGCAGCCCACUGCUUUUACGACGGGAAUAACAACCUCAUCGCGCCAUCAGUAUUCAGCGUCCGCGCCGGAUCUACCAGACUUUCUAGUGGAGGAUCCGUAGUCCGCCUGUCUAUGUACAUCGUGCAUCCCUCAUACAAUCCAUUCACGUAUGACAACGAUAUAGCCGUGAUCGUGCUACGCUCCAGACUCAGGGCCAGCACCAGCCUCAACAUUGUGGGGGUUCCCAUGCAAGGGUACGCUGUGCCGGACAACUCUACAGUUGUCCACGUGGGCUGGGGAAGGACCCAUCCGGCUAUCCAGGCGCCAUCGGAAAUCCUCCGACACGUGGCUGUUUACGUGGUGAACAAUAGUCUAUGCGCGCAGCGGUACCGCGAGAUCUACUUGAUGCCCGGCGUACCCGCCACCGUCACGCAGAACAUGAUCUGCGCAGGAGUGCUCGAUGUUGGCGGUCGAGACGCUUGCCAAGGCGACAGCGGCGGACCGCUGUUGUUCAACAACAGCUUGGUAGGAGUCACGUCGUGGGGCUACGGCUGCGCAGAGCCUCGUUACCCCGGUGUUAGCGCCAGGGUAUCUAGUUACACUAAUUGGAUUAAUGCUACUAUCACGAGGUACAACGCUGGGUCUCGUCUGGAAAGCGUCAGUUUGGCCACCAUGACGUCACUCGUAGCAUUUUUGUUGCUCUCUUCCAAACGUGAUAUUUCAUGAAUAUAUUUAUCACUUUAUAUUUGAAGCUUUGCCCAGCCUUUUGAGAAAAGAAAUCUGAAUUAUAUAUUUGAUUACACAUUUUUACAUUUUCUGAAAAAUAUAUAGAGUUAUAAAAUUAAUACUUAUCUACCUCAUUUAUUGUACUAGUUAUUCAGAUUUUUUUGCCUCCUGGUAAAAAAAAAAAAAUGUCAUCACAAAAAUUGAAUCUUAUCUCUUUGUUUAUUACUAAGACAUAAGAUUCAAGAUUUAAACGAUAAUAAAAAAGGGCUCUAAAUUUGUUUGUAAAUUCUCCAUCCACAAAUGUUGCUUGUCACGAGAUUUUUUUAAGUCUUUCCUUUGUUAAAUUAAGACUUACAAAGAACAAUUAGACAAAAUUUAAUUUCUCGUUGUAUAUUUUGUUAAGAUAUUGAUAAUAUAAAGUUAUUUUUAUUUUAUAAUAA